GCAAUAAUGCACCAUGAAGGUCACAUGGAUGAUGGUUUAACAUUGUCCAGAUCUCAGAAUGAAGAAUCCCGUACAGCACGUGUCAUCCGUAGUACAGUCUUUCUCUUCAACAGGUUUAUAAGGGGCCUUGAUGCUCUCAGCAAGAAAGCAAAGUCUUCCAUAGUCGAUUUGCCUAUCGAGUCAGUCAGUCUGAGCCUUCAGGACUUGAUUGGCUACUUUCACCCCCCUGAUGAACAUUUGGAGCAUGAAGACAAACAAAACAGGCUCCGAGCACUGAAGAAUCGCCAGAACCUCUUCCAGGAAGAGGGUAUGAUCAACCUUGUUCUUGAAUGUAUUGAUCGCUUGAAUGUAUACAGCAGUGCAGCUCAUUUUGCAGAUGUAGCUGGAAAGGAAGCUGGAGAAGCAUGGAAAUCUAUUCUGAAUUCUUUGUAUGAAUUACUAGCGGCUCUGAUUCGAGGGAAUCGUAAAAACUGUGCUCAAUUUUCUGGAUCUCUUGAUUGGUUGAUCAGCAGAUUAGAAAGACUGGAAGCCUCUUCUGGAAUUCUAGAGGUUUUACACUGUGUGUUGGUGGAAAGCCCAGAAGCUUUAAACAUUAUUAAGGAAGGACAUAUUAAAUCAAUCAUCUGUCUUUUGGACAAACAUGGAAGAAACCAUAAGGUUUUGGAUGUUUUGUGUUCUCUCUGUGUUUGUCAUGGAGUAGCUGUGCGGUCUAAUCAACAUCUAAUCUGUGAUAAUCUCCUGCCAGGAAGAGAUCUGCUCUUACAGACACGCCUUGUCAACCAUGUGAGCAGCAUGCAACCCAAUAUCUUCCUGGGGAUUAGUGAAGGCUCUGCCCAAUACAGAAAAUGGUACUAUGAACUUAUGGUGGACCAUCUAGAGCCCUUUGUGACCGCAGAAUCAACUCAUCUACGAGUGGGCUGGGCUUCAACAGAGGGCUACUCACCAUAUCCAGGGGGAGGAGCAGAAUGGGGGGGAAAUGGUGUUGGUGAUGACUUGUAUUCCUAUGGCUUCGAUGGUCUCCAUCUGUGGUCAGGUUGUGUGGCACGAACAGUAAAUUCUCCCAACCAACAUCUAUUAAGAACUGACGAUGUUAUUAGCUGCUGUUUGGACCUGAGUGCCCCCAGCAUCUCUUUCCGGAUAAAUGGUCAGCCAGUUCAAGGAAUGUUUGAAAAUUUCAACAUAGAUGGCCUCUUCUUCCCAGUUGUCAGCUUCUCUGCAGGAAUAAAGGUACGUUUCUUGCUUGGAGGUCGCCAUGGAGAGUUCAAGUUCCUUCCUCCACCUGGAUAUGCCCCUUGCUUUGAAGCUGUGCUACCGAAAGAGAAGCUGAAAGUGGAGCAUAGCCGAGAGUACAAGCAGGAUUGUAGCUAUACAAGAGACUUACUGGGUCCCACUAUCUCUCUGUCACAAGCAGCUUUCACUCCAGUUCCUGUAGAUACUAGCCAGAUUGUUUUGCCUCCCCACCUGGAAAGGAUUAGAGAAAAAUUAGCAGAGAACAUCCAUGAACUAUGGGUUAUGAAUAAGAUUGAACUUGGCUGGCAGUAUGGACCA